CAUGCUGCUUGUGUGCGUGCGUGGGGGUGUGUGUGUUGUAUGUUUCAGUCAAAGUCCAGCAUGUUUCUGAAUGUGUGUCUGGACCAUCAUGGAGGAUCAGAAGAAAAUUCUGUGUGUUGGUCUGGUUUGUCUCGACAUUAUCAGCGUGGUGGACAAAUACCCUGAGGAGGACAGUGACAGCAGAUGUUUGUCCCAGCGAUGGCAGCGAGGAGGGAAUGCUUCGAACUCCUGCACUGUGUUGUCCCUUCUCGGUGCUUCUUGUUCGUUCAUGGGCUCAGUGGUUGCUGGUCACGUGACUGAUUUUAUUCUGGAGGAUUUUCAGAAGUUUGGAGUGGACGUGUCUCUGGUUUCUGAGCAUUCUCAGUGCACAGCUCCAGUCUCUGUGGUCAUCAGCAACAUCAGUACAGGAAGUCGCACCAUCUUGCACAUGAACAGUUUCAUCAUGGCCGACUUAUCGCGGCAUGCCAUUGAUGUCUCAGCAGUGGUUUGGCAAGUGAAGGGUCAAACUCCGUGUGCAUGCUGUGUGGUUUGUCCAUCCAGCGGAUCUCGCACCGUCGUUCUCUACGAUACGAACCUUCCUGAUGUCACUCUUGAGGAUUUUUCCAAAGUUGACCUCCAUCAGUUCAAGUGGAUACACUGGGAGGGACGAAAUGCUGAGGAGCAGGUGAAGAUGAUCCAACAGGUGGAGAAAUACAACAGCACGUUGCCACGGCAGCAGAGGAUCACCAUCUCUGUGGAGAUAGAGAAAACCCAAGAACUUCUGUAUCAACUGUUUCCUUACGGGGAUGUGGUCUUUGUCAGUAAAGACGUUGCUCAACACUUUGGGUUCCAGUCGGCUGAAGCCGCUCUAAAAGGACUGUACCAUCGGGUCAAAAAGGGGGCUGUCCUUGUUUGUGCCUGGGCAGAAAAAGGAGCUGAUGCUUUGGGACCUGAUGGUUCGCUCAUUCAUUCAGACGCGUUUCCUCCAGAAGCUUUGGUCGAUACUCUUGGAGCCGGAGACACGUUUAACGCCAGCUUUAUCUACACACUGUCCAAUGGUGGAACUUUGCAGGAAGCUCUGACCUUCGGAUGCAAGAUUGCUGGCAGGAAAUGUGGUUUCCAUGGUUACGAUGGCAUCAGUGAAACCUUGAGCGAUGUGUAACUGAAGACUUAAUACCUAGACUAAAAUCAAACUAAUCACAUUUCCUUUAGUUAAUUAAUUUAUUUAGAAAACAGAUGACCAAUUUUUGAUUUCAAUGUGUGAAACAACAAAGUGCUAAUUAUCUACUGAUACCUGAUUAUUAACUAGAAACUAGUUUAUUAUUAACUAUUCAUACCUGUAGCUUAGAAACAGUUAUUAGUUUUUUGUAACAUGAUCAAUAAGUUGUUUGAUUUAUUGUUUGUCAUUAAUGAAUGCUGGAAUGAUGCAACCUGAUACUAAACCAAUACUUUUCUGUUAAUGUGAUGCAGCUUAAAUGAAGUGGCCUGAUCAAUAAACUGGAGUGAAACCUUGA